AGUGCCUUGUCAUUUGUAGCCACACAUACAAAACAUUGCCAACAGUUUCUGCACGACUUCGGUUUCUAUACCCAAAAUAUAUGCCCUUUUUGCAUAUAUGGUCCAGGAACUAGCGUACACCUAGGGUAGAAUUUUUGCUAACAACAUACGCAGUGUGCAAUGAUAACGAGACGCUCACAGUCCAGUGUUUGGGCCUGAAACGGCAACGCAAGAACCAUCCACGAGAAACAACACGCACUGAUCGGUCAAAGAGUGGCGAAGCUCCUUACUUACCUUUCGCAAACUGCCUUAACCAAUCUACCACACACUCCCAUCACAGGACGCCCUUCGCAAAGAAAGGGCAGAAGCGUGACACGUUAACAAUACCCGUACCGGCGUGCCCGUUCCAUUCGUCCAGUCGCAAAACGGCAGCAAAUGUCACAGCAUCGUUAGAAGUAAAGCUAGUUCUUCUUCACGUAAAAUGUCCUCACCGGAUCUGCUGCUGCCGAACGAACCGAGCCUGUCGGUGGACGAAAAUGUGGCAAUAGAUUGGCAACCCAUCACACUGACACUGGUGGAGUAUCCCAAAGGAGAUUUCGUCGGCAAAUUGCUAGCCUGGAUCAGUCUGGCCCCGCUCGGCAUUGGUGCGGGGUUUGUCGCACUGAUACUGUUCCGAAGAGACUUGCACACCAUCGUGUUCUUUCUAGGGAUGCUGGUAAACGAAUGUCUUAACAUCCUGCUGAAACACUGGAUCCAGGAGCCACGGCCAGUGUCGCGCGCACAAAUUUGGACCGAGUACGGCAUGCCUUCAUCGCACUCACAGUUUAUGUGCUUUUUUUCCACCUACGUACUCCUGUUUAUCUUCAUAAGACUGCAUCAUAUAAAUAAUAGUAAUAGUGCCCGGUUCGAGCGACUAGUACGAUUGCUGGUACUUGCCAUCUGUUGGACGGCCGCAUUUCUCGUCUGCUUCGGCAGGAUCUACCUGCUCUAUCACACACUUUCCCAAGUGCUGAUCGGUGCCCUCGUCGGUACGGUAAUGGGUGCGCUGUGGUUCCUGCUGACGCACUUCGUCCUCACGCCCUACUUUCCGAUGGUCGUGCUGUGGCGCGUGUCGGAACUGUUCCUGCUGCGGGACACCACGCUCAUACCGAACAUACUGUGGUUCGAGUAUACCGUUACGCGGCACGAAGCGCGCGCCCGGUCGCGCAAGCUGGUGAGCAUGAAAUCUCAGUGACGUUUUUGGUCACCCUGACGGCGAUACUCGUACAUCAAAUAGCAUUAACAAGUAGGCGACGCGUGUGCUAUGGACACUCUACUUUGCAAAGCGCAAAUUGCCCCUGUCAUACGGACGGAAUACCGGGAAGGGCCGGCAAAUCACCGAUGGUGCAAUAGACAGCAACAUUUUUGGACUUUUCUGUCCCUGUGUGGAUGUGGAGAAGCUAAACAGUCGGAGAGAGAGAGAGUUAGAGAGAGUGUUCCGAUGGUCAGCAUAGGAACAACAAUCGAGUCAUACAAACAUCCAGAAGCUGUGGAUGUGCUUUAGAGAAUAAGAAUAAGAACAUAGUUUCACAAACACUGAAUACACACACACCGAUUUCCCGAUACAGGCAUUUACUAUACGAGAACGUUUGAGUUCGCAAAGCUGCUACAUUGCGUCAACACGAAGGGAGGGCAAAUCGUUUGUCUAAUUCCUCACACCCCUUUUGGCAAUAGGAAUUAUUGUCGGAUUUUACGCCAUUCGUUUCCGGAAAGCAAUCAGCGACUUUUUAAUUUCUUCUUCUUCUUCUUCUUUUUGCCGUAACGACCUACCCGGUCAUGCCGAUCUAUACAAGCUUCCGAGACUUAUUAGUACACCACGCAGCCGGAUGAUAGUGAUAGAUCUCUUGCUACGGAAACGAAUCGAAUAGACAUUCGGGCCACCCCGACUUAAUAAUUUAUGUUUGGUAAUUGAAACUUUCCCUCCGCGAAGGGCACACUAAUUGUUAGACCGACGAUUGCUGGCGAAUACCAACGCGAAAACACUUCUCACAGCAAGUCACAGGCACGACGCACGCCUGAAAAGCGCAAAAAAUAUUCAGGAGCUUACACUCUUCAAUGCGACUCCGUAGGACACGUGCACACCACCACCACCACCAGAAUGUAUUGUGAUGAUGAUGAUGACGAUGAUGAUGAUACACAUGUUUGAUUUUUUUUUAGAAAACUAAAGAAGACAUAUAAAAGCGACAAAAACACUGGAA